CACAGCUAUACAGUCAGCUGAGCGCUAGCAAGGGGCAAAAACAGCUUUAGACACCACAGAGAUAAAGGGACUGUAACCUGCUACAAUGGAGGAAAACAUGGAUGAAUCACAGAGCCAGAAAGGCUGUAAGGAGUGUUGUGAGCGAUGUGUGGGCAGUCUGCCAUGGGCUUCUCUCAUUGCCACUGUUCUCCUGUACAUGGGAGUAGCCUUAUACUGUGGAUGUGGCCACGAGGCUUUGAGUGGAACCAUCAUUAUCCUCCAGAAUUACUUUGAACUCAUCAGAGCUCCUGGAGAAGUACUGGACAUUUUCACCAUCAUUGAUAUCCUGAAAUACAUCAUCUAUGGGCUGGCAGCUGGAUUCUUUGUGUUUGGUGUGCUGUUGUUGGUGGAGGGUUUUUUCACCACUGGAGCCAUAAGGGAUCUCUAUGGAGAGUUCAAGAUUACUGCCUGUGGACGCUGUCUUACUGCAUUUUUGAUGUUCCUGGCCUAUCUGUUUUUCCUGGUGUGGCUUGGAGUGACAGCAUUCACCAGCCUGCCCGUUUUCAUGUACUUCAAUAUCUGGUCCAUGUGCCAGAAUACCAGCUUGGUGGAGGGAGCUAACCUUUGUCUGGACUUGCGCCAAUUUGGAGUAGUGACCAUUUCUGAGGAGAGGAAAGUGUGCACUGGAUCUGAGAAGUUCUUCAAGAUGUGUGAAUCUAAUGAGCUGGACCUCACCUUCCAUUUGUUUGUGUGUGCACUAGCUGGGGCAGGAGCUGCAGUCAUCGCCAUGGUCCAUUUCCUGAUGGCAUUAGCUGCUAACUGGGGCUAUCUGAAGGAUGCAAGCCGGAUGCAGAAGUAUGAAGACAUCAAGUCUAAGGAGGAGCAGGAGCUGCAUGACAUACACUCUACACGCUCCAAAGAACGCCUCAAUGCCUACACAUAAACAUGCAACCCACAAAACUACACGUACAUACUGUCUGGACAGAAACAUACAUACAUCAGUUGAUACACAGACACUCAAACUCACAUAACCUGAUUACCCCAGUGACAUUAGAAGACAGAAAUAGGUUGACACGUACAUCCUAUACAGACACACAUCAUGAGCUGAAAGGAAUCUAAAAUUUUAGUUGAUUGUUCCUUUUGUCCACUUACCUGUUAGUAAUAAAAACACUGACAACAAAAUUAUCCAUAUGUCCCUGGUUGAUCAGGGUCUCUGAUGUUCACUGCAAAAACUUUAGAAUACACGACAAUGUGUUGAAAUGUAAGAGUAGUUUUCUGCAAUAGUUUACACAAAAUCUCUCACGUUUAAAACACCAUUCCACCAGAACCCAGAAAUGUGUCUAAUCUUGCUCCACCCUGACCUCUGAAAAACUGUGUUUAGAAUAUAAAAUGGCUUGGUUUGCACUGUCUAAAGUUUGAAAGAAUGAAUGAAUGUAUAUCAAAGCCUCGGUAUUAUAAAUCUAGUUGUCACUAUUGGCAUACUUGGCAUAGUGUGAGCUUAAGUGUUAGCAUGUAGCACUGGAGGCACUCAUCAGCUGUGGACAUAUGGAAGAUUUUGGUGUCUUAUGUUCUUGUCACUUCUUGGGACAGUUGACCAAUGGGACAGUCUUCCAAUAACACACUUUAUGUAGCUUUCCAUUGACUGUCAGAUUUUCCAACUUUUCCAACAACUUGGAACUUGAGCGUAGUGUUCCUUGCAUCUGACAUGGAUACCAAGACAAGAAAACACUGAUCAGUCCAGAGACAGAAAGUGACAAGAUCUAGAGCUAUGGAGAGCCAUGACAGUAGCUAACAUUAGCAAGGAUAGCUCGUCAUCUUCCCUGCUAGUGCCAGUACUGUUCAUCCAAUUCAAACAUGCUGUUAUAAAUCUAUAACAUCUAAAAUAAAGACUACAGAGAACACAAGAUGAAGUUGAAUGUGUUUUCAUAUAAAAUCUAAUCAGAGUUUGUUUAUUGUUGACCGUCAUGUAUGGAUCAUCUGGAGUUCUGAAUGAUGAUCCUUUGUACUUUUUCAUGUAGGAAGUUGGAUUUAUCCUAGUUCUCAGUUCAAUGGAAAGCCUGCAUGGUUACACAUAGGUCACACACAAUCCUCACACACACACACACACACACACACACACACACACACACACACAAACACAUAUAGAUGUGACUGAAUUGUUGGUGUUGUGUGGACAAUGUUGUGUGGUGGGGUCAUGCUGUUUGUGUCAUUUCACCACAUUAUAAUGAUUGAUGUUACAAGGAAAUAUAUAUCCCCCAGGGAAAUUUGUAUUCCUUUAGGCCUGGUUCCACUGAAGAAGUUCCUGGUACUAUUUGGGGGGCAGGAACUACUACAGGAAUGUCCUCGCUCAGCCGUCUCAACUGCCAUGUCUCCACUGAGAGGGCGGAGUAGAAGGAAGGCUCCUGUAAAGUUACUGGGCUCUGGAUAUGACGUAAUCAUUGCGCGACCAUUUUGACUGGGGUGAUGCAGUCGCUUUCUGUUGACAUCACAUCCUGCCUUGAGUAUCCAGUCAGCACCAAGUAAACCCCAAGCCCCACCCAGGAGUUUUUCAGGGCCAUUCUGCGUACCUACUCCGAGGCAGGGACUUGUUUAAAAAAAAAAAAACAAAAACAGCACAUUUCAGCAGCACAAAGUAUUCCUAAAGUGUGUCAUCAGUCUCUUCAAUCAUUUUUUUCACUGUGGUAAUUUGCCACAUUUUUUAUUAUUAUUGUUUAUAUGUAGUUAAUUUGCAUUGGGGGACUUUUAAGGGGAAGGGGUAAUGUGACAUGGCACUUGUGAGGUCAUUUUGAGUGUUAUCACUAAAAAUUUUUUGCUUUUCACAUGUCAUUUACUCCCUGUAGACUUCCUUUGUGAAGAGAUGGCAUGUCAUUUAACACCAUAGUGCAUAUCUGUUACAUGAUCCUAAAGUUAACGAUAUUUAACCUUCAUUAUGUUUUGCUUUGACUACAGGUAGUUAUAGCUUGCUUCCAUAAACGUUAGCCGUCACAAAUACUUGGUUAAGGUUAGUAUAUGGUCAUGGGUUUAAAAUACUUUGUUGUCAGAGGAAUCAAAUUCCGGUCUCUUGCAUUGUAGCAGCCAAUGAUGUAUUAACUACACUUACUGUGGAGCUGAAAAUUGUGAUGUGAUGUGAACGACUAUUGUAAUGUCCCAAUGAUGUUAUUGAUUCGUAGCAAUUACAGAUAAAAAACGAAUAAAAGUAUUCCCACCACUUGGCCCUUACACUAUGGUUGACAAAACACUUAACUGUGUCAACUGGGAUUUUUAUUAAUUGGUUGGUGAGUCCAGUUAUGACAUUAUUGACUUGUGCUACACCAAGAACAGAAAAUUGAUCACGUUAUUGGCAGUUGUUACAUUAAUGGUAGUAAUUACAGUUUUGGCCGUUACAUGCAUGGAAGUCCUGUCUUUCUGUGUCCAGCCCAAACACCUCAUCCUUGGACUUUUUUGCUCUUUAUGCUACGUCACCCGAACACACCAGCUCUUCACAAAAGAUGUCAAUGAGGACUAAGCAGUGCUUAAUGACCAAAAAAAAAAAAAAAAAAAUGCAUAGUGAAAACACAUGAAAUGACUUAACAAAUUGGUGUGAUAUUCAUACACCAUUUGGUGAUACCAGGCAGAGGGCACUUCACAUUUUUUGUGUAAGCAUUCUACAGUUUCGUAGUGGUUCUGCACAUGUGCACGCAUGCACGCACACACACACACACACGCACGCACGCACGCGCGCACGCACACACUCACUCACUCACUCACACCAGUCGUCUCACUGGAUUUUAAAAUACCUGUUUUCCUAUUCCCUCUUGUUGCUUUGUUUUGGAUUUUUUGUGGGGUUCUAAGGUUAAAUAUGGUUUGCACUUCAAUCUUAUAUGAAUCAAAUAAUUUUUAUUAUAUUUUAUGAAAAAUAUAUUAUCAAAAUACUGAUACUAACGAUUAACUUAUCAAUGGUGGCAUUUACAGAUAGAUUAUAGAUGUAAAUUAUGUUCAUAUUUUUACAAACAAACAAAUUUCUGGAACAAAAUCUACAAAAUGGCAUGUGGUAGAAGAUGUUGGAUUUUGUAUUUAAAAGUUAAAAUUAGAUAUUUCAUCUACCUCCUAGUUGUAAUUUAGGACAGUAACGGCACUUACAUUGCUCAAAUUACUGUUUAUUACUGUAUUUUAUGUUUUGUGUAUUUAUUUAUGUAUGUAUUUAUUUAUUUAUUUAUAUUUAUUUUAUUUCCCCUCCUUUUAUUGACAUCAGGAAAUAUUUGGUAACUUCUUCACUUCCUUUAUCACUUCACAUCAGAGCAGCAUUAGCCACCACAGAGCUGUAAGUAGAUUGCUUGAGUUUGCUCUUUUGUUUUCUUCAUUGAACAUGUGUGCAUACUGGAGGACAAAAAUAACAACUUUCUCCAAUAUUCAGCAACACAUCAUCAAACUCUGGUAAAUACACUUUGUUCAACAGUUUCAGUCCAUUAAGUAAUUUUUAAGAAUGUUACCUGAAGUCCACCUAACUGUUAAUGGUUAUUAUUUGGAGCAACCAGCCAGUAUCCGGCAUUCAGUAAUAGUGAUGAAGGAAGGUAGAUGAAGGGAGGAAGAUACCACCAAUACUGUCCUACCUAGUUGGUAAGUGAAAUAAUAUCACAUUUUCCAAAAUGGAUGUACUACUCCUUUAGGUUUAAUUGCAUUUUACGCUUUAUGUUGACUCAUCUUAUAGUUGUGAUGAAACGUAUCAAUCAUUAUCUAUCUACCACUAGAGAUGUGUUGAUGUUUAUGAUGACAGUGAUAGUGAUGAUUUUACGAUAUUAUGUCAUAUGGUUUGAUUUGAUGAGACUACACACAUAAAAGCACACACAUCCACAUACAUUCACAUGCACAGUCCCUCCACAAAUACAAUCAUCUUGAGCCAUAAGUCUUUUCUCUCUUUGCCAAUAACAUGGUAUUUUAAUCUUUUAAAUUUUUUAAUUGUAAAAUAAUCAUUUAAAGUAGAAAAACAGUUAAAUGUUCAUUCUGUGGGCAGUAUUCAGCACUGUAGCUAUGUAACUCUGUACAAAGAUAUUAUACAUAUAUGUGAAACAUAAGGUGAGCAGUCGAGAAGAGGAUUGGUUACAGAGUUUGGGAGGAAGUAGAAGUAAUUUGGGAAGUAGUGCAGUCCCAGGCAUUGCAUGUCCCAGGCAUUGCUACCAAAAAAGGGUUGCAUUUACACAGACUCAAAAGAUGUUUAUUUCCUUGUGGCACAGAUCUGAAGGUAUAGUGGCUGUCCAAAUGAGAGGAAAAAUCAGACUCCAUUUGACCUUUUCUUCUCUAAACAUAAAAAAGAAAAACAAAUCUGUGCCACAAAGACUACGCUCAGACCCCUGGCAUCUGGUAUGUAAGUCAAACUUUGUCUCUAUACACAGUAUGGUACUGUUUAACCAGACCUGGCAGCCCUGACAUCAGUGCAUAUCUAAAGCUUCUGACAAUAGAAUUAUGUGACCACAUAAUCAUGUUAAAUAUAAAAACUGAUCACAAGUCUGCACCAAAGCUUGAUCUAAUUGGUGUUUUCCCAUGUGAAGAGCCAUAAAACAUAAAAACGGGGUCAGAAAGAAUUAGAGAUAAAUUAAGGACAUAAGGAAGUUUAUUGUCAUUGUGGUUACGCAAUGAAAUUCAGUUGGCACUCUCUCAGCAGCAAUUAAAAAAACAAGUCAAAACAAGACAAGACAAGAUAGCAAAACAAGACAGACAGGAUAAAAAACAAACAAACAAAUAAAAAAAACAGACAAGACGGGGUAAAAGCAGAGGUUAUAAAUCAAUCAUGGCUAAAAUUGUAAAAACAAACAAACAAACAAAAAAAGUACUAUACAUAAUAAAUAAAUAAGUCAGCAGCAGUGGUAAGUAAAGUGCAUGAGACUUAAGUUCAUUGCACAUGUGCUCGCAUCAGCUCAGGUCAGAAAAUCUUUGGCUGGAUAAAAUCUGGCAACCUGUUACUCCAGUCAUAGUUUUAGCUAGUAGUAGAUAACAGUGGAUAGAAUAUGAUUCAAACCCAUGCUCAAAUCAUAUUUCAAUUUUCAAGGCCUAAGAAGGGCUGUAAUUUGAGAAGUAACCUGUGAGGCUUAGUUAUGUUACAUUGUGUGCGGAAGAAUGCAUACCCAAGUACAUGCAUGUAAAUUGACUCCUGUAGGUUCAGUCUGAGGUUAUACAUAUUUUUCCCACAGCGGAAACAAAGGCUGUGUUAUGCUGGAGAUUUUUUUUGGAAAAAAAAAAAAAGAAAAGAAAACGUUACUGCAGAGAAAUGUGUGCUUUACAUACUUUAUGCUCUGUUGCCACCAAAAAGAGUUUAGCCACAGAGAUGGUACAAAUUAAUUCCCGCCAGUUUCUCUUCAAAAUCUGCCCCCGCUGCCAUUUGUUUAAACAGCACCAUACAAGAUGACAUCUUCCUCUUCGAUGGAAGCUGCUGUUCACCGGCAAUUUUUAUUUAGCACACCAACCAGAAACUAGUGACAUUAUAAUAGAUGUUUGCGUUGUAUUGCAAAUUUUCAGCUCCACAUUUGCUGUGCAAGAACACAAAAAACAGUUCUUGCAUCACCCUUCUUUGCCAGACUAUGUAACAGGCCUUACAAUAUACUAAGAUAAAUCCCACAUUGACAGAUGAAGGCGCUUGACUAAAUCUAACUUACAAAACAUCCAGUGGCUGUUUAAACAAGAACAAGAAUUCUGAUUUUACAUUAAUGUUGUCCAAAUUUGGUCUAGCAUGGGAGAAAUCAAUCUCCAAACAGUUUGUCCCCAAUCAGAGAACCUUGACAAAACCACAUCUGUGCCGGAAAGUUAACAUCAGAUUUUUUUUUGGUUUUUUUUGGUUUUUGCUGUGUAAAUGCAGCUGAAUAUAUCAUUUAAAGGAAAAAAGUAGUAAGAGGGUUAAUAAAGGGGCACUUCUCCAGACCUGUGACGUUUGGCAGCAUUGCCUAAGUACGGUCAGUAUUGAGGGUCUAGUUUUGCAGUAACAGUAUUUUAUCAUUUUUUUUGCCUGACAAUGGACAUGUCAUGUCAGUGUUAUUAUCUCAGAUUAAAAAAAAAAAAAAAAAAAAAAAGUUUUUGUGCACUUAUUGACCCAUUGUGAACUCUCUUAUUCUUGGUGUGUAAAUGCAUUGGGAUCCCCAGUGUGGGACCUGUGUAUAGUCCUGCAGCACUGGUGAUAAAAUGGAGAAAAAAUAAUGAUGAUAAUGAAUGAAUUAACAAUAAUGAUAAAUACUUGUAUAUGUAGGUAUAAGAGCCAGUUAAACUCGUUGUACUUUGUGGCAUGGUUAUGCAUUCAAUGGUCAUAAUUUUACACUGGCAUUGUUCUGCUGUUUUGUUCCUGUCUAUUUUUUCAGUGUGCAGUAUUGCAGUUCCUGUUGCUAACAGUGUUGCUAAGCUGGCUAGCUUGCUAAGUUGUAUACCACCAGAGCAGUAUAUUAUAGUUGUUUGGUGAAUCUAAAAGUAAACAACAAGUCAUACCCACAAACAAUUUCUGGCUGACAAGUGCAUGAAUUUGUGAUUGUAGAUCUUAAGAAGUAGCAAAAUUUUUCUUUAUUGUUUAUUUUAAUGAAACUGAUUUGCAGAUGUGGUGUAAUGUAUUGCUCUGGACACCCAUUAUCCUGUGCCCAACACCGCUAACAUCUCGCUCCUCUCUUGGACAUUUAGGAUUGCUGGAUGAAAUUCAACCUGUUUGGGUUUGGGUUUGGCUGUAGGAGUUGACACUGUAUUUUUAUCAGGGUAUGUUUGUUGAAUUUAGCCCAAGUGUUCAAUUUCCACAGGAUUCUGUUCCUGUGGAAAUGAAGCCAGAGAGAGGAUGUGGGCUUUUUGUUUUAUUCUGUUAAAGUUGAUUGUGUCUUGCAACUCAUUUAGUCUUGAUGAAUUUCUUGUUGUGAAAAUGAGUAUCCGUAUUGACCUGUAUUAAUCCUGCGUCCUCACUGUCUACCCACUGACCAGGGCAGAACAUGGAUUAGCCACAUCAUUCCAUAAUCCCCACUAGAGGCAUUAACGACAAGGUUUAGAAUACUGACCACAUAUUAGAAAAAGUUUGUAUUAAAAUGACAUAAAAUCUGAUUGAGACAGAUUUGAUCCAUCCUUGUGUAAUUAGAUGAAAUCAUACAUUUUUCUGUGUUUAUACAGCUAUGUAAAAAAAAAAAAAAAAAAAAAAAAAAAAAAAUCAACUGUGUAUUACACAGAAUGGAAAAUAAGAUUCCUUGUGCCUACAUAAAUUCAGCUCUCAUACCAUUACCAUUAGCUGACCUGCAGAUCUAAAAGCUGAUGUCAGUGGAUGACCUUAAACUGACCAUCAUCAAGUCAAAUCCAUGCAUUAUGUCAGGGGAGAGGUUGGACAUUUUGGACGUAGGGAGUAGUUUUUCUCUCUUCAUAGUACUCUGGACUUUUUGUACUUCACUCUGGUUGCUUAGUAGCAGGCUGUAUCUGAAUCACUCCUCAGUUUUUAUACAUAUCUCUGCCAACAGCUUGGGCUGACAGUGGCAUUUUUUCCAUUUGUAAAAACAUGAACUUGCUUGCUUAUAUAAAUAAAAUGAAAUAAAAUACAUGUGUACUUUUUAAAUUAA